UCCUGUUUGGACGAAUGUGUGUUGUGUAUUUCCCCUACAAGAUGGCGGUGUGGUUCACGGUUGUGUGGAUAUCGCUGUUUGUGUCCCAGACAGCUGCAUGCCCCCAUGGAAUGUUUGGUCGUGACUGUCUCUAUACCUGCAACUGCGAAGAGGACACUGAUUGUGAAACCAGGAAAGGUUGCGAAUGUUCUUCUGGAUGGGAUGGGCCUACAUGUCAGCGAGGCAACAUGGCCCUGCAACGGGAGGCUGUCGCCAGCUCCGAACAACAUUGGUACAUGGGCGCCAAGGCCGCCGUGGAUGGGGGUCUGCACAAUAGGUUUCUGACCAAACUAAACUCGUCGGAACCAGGAUGGGUGAAAAUUAAACUUGAUUCGGGAAUGUAUGCACCAAGGGUCAAAGUGUUUCUAAAUAAGAAAUCUCCAUAUAACAAAAGUGGCCUUCAAGUAUAUACUUCGGCAGUCGGUGACGAAUACCCUGGGAGACUAUGUUACACCUUCACAGGGAACUACACGGACAUGCUGGAGGUGACGUGUCCCGUCGUGGCGCUGUUUGUUCGAGUGUAUCUCAACACCAUUAACAGCAACAAUAAAAACAUAGUCCUGGAUCUUGCAGAGGUGCAGGUGAUAGGUUGUUCUCCUGGAACGUAUGGGGCUGACUGUACUGAAUUCUGUUUCUGCAACGGCCAUCCUUGUCACCCAAUCACAGGUCAUUGUCUACUGGAAGUUGCAGGUACUGUGUCAGUGUCCCCGCUCUCGUCCUCGUCCUCGUCCUCAGCUUCCUCAUCUGCAAACGCAGGGCUUAUUGGUGGAAUGAUUGGAUUUGGCUUGGCUGUGCUUAUCUGUGCGUUUCUUUGGAUUUCCAAAAGACAAAGAUUGUGUCGGAUUUGGGGAAACACUGAGGCUGAUCAUGUUGAACACGUUCAUCUUAUAAAUGGAGGAGUAGAUGGGAUGAGAUGCGAUGUGAGUAAUGUUUACGAGGACAUAUGGCCUCUGGAAUCAUCGAGGGAGAUGAACUCUCAAACAGAUCGUAAGGAUUUAGAUAUCUGAAAGACAUUUUGAUGUAGACUUUUGCUACCAGACAUAUAGUAAGGUAAUAUUCUGUUCAGGUGUUGUUUUCAUGUGAACAAUUGACCUGCCUUUCCAUGUGUUUGUGAGUGCAGCCGUCGUUGGGACAAGAUAUGCUCUGCUCACCUUUUCGCGAAAACAUGGUAUCAUCGCUAUUUGAUAGUGACAUAGGAUAUAUAUAGCCCUCCAAAACAAAAAUACCAAAAAACAACCUAAAUUAAUAACUCAAAUACUUAAAAACUCCAACGACCUAACUAAGACAAAUUCCAAAUUCUAUAUAAGCAGCCCCUAAACCCCCCUCUUGGAUUGCACACACCACUUUCGCCCCU